AUGGUAUCAGAGCUUACCACAGCUGAUUCAGAGAGGCCUACGGUUCGCCUCACGUCGACGAACUAUGCACUCUGGGAAUUUCAAUUCCGAGUGUUUAUGGAAGGAAAAGUGUUACUAGGGAUCUUGGAUGGAAUGAUCCCUCAACCGAAUGCCGCAACCACUGCAGCCCAGGAGAGGGAAGCUUGGAAUCAAAAUGACGCAAGAAUAAGGAGCUAG